AUGAAUCAAUAAGGUACUAAUCUCUUUAUACUUAUUGUUUUUGGUCUGCUAAAGUAAUAUUCAUUUUAAUAAGAGAUUAUGCUUAUCUGAUUGCGGAUACUUAAAAACUGGAUCUACUUUACUAAGUUUAACUGACCCUUAAUAAUAACUAGACAUCAAUUUAGAUAAUAUAGUGUUAUUAGGCACUUCAAACAUUGGUUAUGGGUUAUGGAUAAAGUAUUAACCUUUUGUACCUAUUUCUUAGAUUAGUAUGAUUUUGAAUUGAUUAAUUAGCGACUUCAAGUUCAUCUACAGGUGGUAUUAUAUUUAGAGAGCCUGUAGAAUCAGGAUUUUUUAUAUAUAUGUAAUAGUAAAAGGAUACAAAAUUUAAUAUGUUAACUGUUUAUAUUACAAUUACACCGGCAACUAACACAAUAAUGCAUAAUAUAUUUUAUUCAUUUUAAUCAACAACAGGGACUAUUUCUUUCAAUUUUGAAUUUGAUGAAUAUGAAGGAAGAUGGAUUUUAUUUUAUGUCUAUUAUGAUCUUUUGUAAAAAUAAACAACAGUAGGUUUUUAUUAAGCAGAAUAAACUGUAUCAACAAAAACAUAGUAACUAUAAGACAUCCCUUCUUUAGUAAAAUAUGUUAGACAUAUAAUUGGUGGAGUAUAAGAAAUAAAAAAUUAAUUAGGAGAGAUUUUGAGUUUGUAAUAAUUUAAAGGAAGAAUAUCAACAUUAUUUAGCAAAGAGCAAUUAAACAUAUUUUUAGAUUUAAAUUCAUUUCUAUCAACUUGUGAGAUAGUUCCAUCUUGUUCAAUAAAAACCUAUAAGUUAUCAGGGUAUAAUUAAGUAUUUACUGGAAAUGGAUUCACAAAUAAUAAUACAAGUCAAUUAGAAAAUCCAAGUUAUGUUAUUUAGGGUUGGGUUAAAAUGGAAUUUUUAAGUGAUGAUUAUUAUCUUGAAACAGUUAUAUUAAGAAUUUCAAUAAAUAGUAAUUAUAAUGAUGAUAUGACAAUUGGAGAUAAAGAAUUAUAUUUAAAGUAUUAUUAAAGUAUAGUACCUACUUAAAAUGGCUUUUCAAUAACAACCUACACAUACAAUUUUCCAAUGGAAAUAAAAUAUUAGAGUUCAGGCACUGAUAUCAUAACAGUAACAGGACCAUAAUAUUAAAAUCUGUUAAUUGAUUGGCAUUAUAUAUAAUAUGAGAUUGGAACAAAUAAUAAUAAUGGAUAACCUUUAUUUUCAAUAUAUUUUCCAUCUUUAGAUAAAGUAUUUCAAUAUAAAUGGACUGUACCUAUAAAUCAUUUUACUGGAACUAUUCUAUAUUAUUUUGUUGGGGGUGACAAUUUUAUUAAAAAUUAUCUAAUUGGAUAAUUAAGUGAUUUAACUUUGAUUACUUAUUGUACAACACCAACAAUAAUGUUAAAUCCUAAAUGUCAUUAUUCUUGUAAUACAUGUGAUGGUCCUGGUAUAUCUAAUUGUUUAUCAUGUCCAAUCAACAGUUUUAGAGUUCAAUCUAUUACUUAAAAGACAUGUACUUGCAAAAAUAAAUAUGUUGAUAUUGAAAAUGAUCCAAUAUGUUAACCUGUUGUUGUUAAAUUCCCUUAACUUGAAGAAGAUGAAGUUUAAGUUGUAUGUAACAAAAGAGGUUUUGAUAGUUGUGAUAAUAAUAUAUAAAAAUGCCUUUUCGGUCAUUUUUUAUAUAGAGAUAAUUGCAUAUAAUGGUAUUUAUAAUAAAUAAAUAAGUCCUGGUUAUUAAUUGUAUAGUACAAGAUAUCAGAUCUUGUGUUCAAAUUGUUUUUUUGAUUCUGUAAGUUUUGCUUAGAAUUUAUAAUGUUUAGAAGAUACCAAUACUUAUUUAUAUGAUGAAGAUAAUUCAUAUUUCACCACUUAAAGACAGAAUAGAGAAAUUGAGUUUUAUAUAGCUAAUCAAAAUUUAGAAGGUUAGUAUGAAUUGACAUUAUAAUAUGGAUUUGUAUAAUCUAGUAAAUGCAAAUAAGGAUUUUUUUUGGAUUCUAAUAAAUAAUGUAGUGCUUGUUUAGAUGGUUGUGAAACUUGUGUUAAAAAAGGAAUUUGUUAAAAGUGUUUUUCAAAUUAUGCUUUAACAGAUGAUUAUCUAUGUUAAUAAUGUUUAAGUUGCACUGAUUGUACAUUCUAUAAUAAAAAUACACAUUGUAGAUCUUGCAAAACUGGAACAUAUUUAAAUUCUGAAGGAUUAUGUUAAUCUUGUGGAUAAUAUUGUGCUAGUUGUAACUACUAAGGUUAAUGUAAUUAUUGUGAUAAUCCUAUUACAUAUUUCUUAUCAUUUGAUGGUAAGAAUUGUGAAAUUUGCACUAUUCCUAAUUGCUAAAUUUGUUAUCAUUAUUUUAUUAAAAAUGAUGUCACACAUACAAAAUUUGAUAUAAAUACAUCUAUAAUUGAUAUGGCUGAAUCUUAAUUAUUUAUUGGUUGUGCACUCUGUCAAUAAAAUUAUUACUACAAUUUAAUUACAUUAUAAUGUGAAAUAGCACCUUAAACCUCUGGAAAUGGUUCUACUAAUCCUAGUGAUCCUGCUCCUCCUAAUGAUUAAGAUGGUAAGAUUAAUGAAGUAUCAACUGAAUUAUGCACUUUUGGUCUAAUAAUAGAUUCUUUAGGUACAAGUCAUUGUUUAAUAAGUUAAUACAGUGUAACUUCAACUCAAAAUAUAUUUUGCUCAACAAUUACUAAUUGUUAAUAGUGUAUAUCUAAUUAUCUUUCUGCCAGUACAUUUUGUAUAGUAUGUGUUGAUGGAUAUUAUUCAAGUAUUUUAACUGGUAGAUGCAUUCAAUGUGAAUAAAAUUGUAAAACAUGUAUUCAAUAAAAUAAAGAAUACUAAGACUUUUGGAAAUGGGGAAUUAAAGCUUAUUAUAAAUAUGUUUUUAAUUAAGAUGACUCUCAUCCUUUUGAAUAAUAUGCAACAUCAACUUUUGAAUCAGAUUUUGAAUUGAUCUGUACAUCAUGUCCUAAAGGAUAUAUCCUUUAUGAAUUUACUUGUAUUAAAGAUUGUAAUGAAGAUUGUACAGAAUGUAACAUAAUUAAUGGAAUUUCAAUAUGCACUUAAUGUUUAGAAACUCCAUAUGGAUAUUUAAAGAGUCAAGAUUCUAAAGGGAUAUGUCUAACUUGUCCAAACUAUUGUGCUGCUUGUUUAGAGAGAUCAACAGAAGAAAUUCAAAAUAUUAAUCCCUAUUUUAUUAUUACAUAGAAUAAUAUUAAAUAUACAAGAAUUUGUUAUGAAGAAUUUUAAUAAGAUACUACUGAAGGUUCAUACUACAAUGAUUAAAAUAUUUAAACAAUAACAUUUUGUGAAAAAUAUGAUAAAUGUUAUCAUAAAGCCAUACUUAGAUAAAAUGUGUAUUGUUAACAUGGUUUAUAUAUGUUUGAUUUAGAGAAAAGUACAGAUUAAUAAGUGUUUCUAUAAAACAAUAUAUUUAUAGAUGUACUUUUUGCAAUUGGAUAUUUAAGAAUAGUAGAAACAUCAAGUUUAUAUACUUAUUUUAAUGAAAAAGUAAUAAGAGAGGUAGAAUUUUAAUUUAGAUUCAUCUCACAAAAUGGAUUAUCAUGUUAUCUCUAAUAAGAUUCUAAAUUAUUAAAUAUAAUAUAAUAAAAUGUAUUUUCCAUUUAGUAAGUUAAUUUAAAACUUAUUGGUGACAAGUAUCCUACUACUAUAAUAAUAGAUAAAAUUUUAUAAAUAAAAAAUUUUGGAUCUAUUACAUUUGAAAAUAUAUAAUUUCAAACUGCUAUUCAAGAUAACAAUAAUUCUUUAUAAUCUUAUAUUGUUUUGAUAAAUACUUAAUUAAAAAUGAACUUAAUCAUAAAAGAUUGCAUAUUUACUACAACUAAUUCAACUCAAUAAUUGAAGCAAUUCUAAUUUAUUUCUGAUUAAGGAUAUUCAUUAAAUAUUGAAAAUCUUAUCAUUAGAGACUUUAAAGUUUAAGAUUCAUAAGUAUUUUAAUUUUAAAUUUCUUCAGGCUUUGAAUAAAAAGUAAUUAUAUCAAGAUUACAAAUUAUAACUUCAUAUUUAAAAAAUACAAACCUCUUUAAUUUUUAAGCUAAAUCUAAUGAUCUCUUUGCUAAUAUCUAAAUGAAUUAAAUAUCUAUAACUGAUACUCAAUUUGAUAAAUCUAAUUUAACAUACACAUAAACUUAACUUGAAUAUGAUAUUGGAACAGUUAUUGUUAAUAAUUUGAGUUUAAUUGCUGUUACUUUAAAUGAUAAAUCAACAAUAUUUUCAAUCUAAGGUGCUUCAUCUUUUAUAACAAAAACAGUCACAGUUAUAGAUUUAAUUCUUUAGAAUAAUUCUUAUUUUUAUUUUUCUAAUAUCAUUUAGAUAUCAGACUUAUAAUUUAACAACACUAUGAUUUAAAAUAGUACACUCAUUACUAAUGAUGUAGAUUAUGCAAAUUCAGAUGAAUCAAUGUUAAAUGCUGCUAAAAUUUCAAUUAUUAAUUGUAAAAUAGAGAAUCUUAAAUAUACAAAUGCAUAAUCAAUUUUAAGAAUAAUUUUAUAUGAAAAGAUUAAUACUUAGAUGUUUUAUAUUGAUUCAUUUACACUCAACAAUAGUAUAUCAUUACUUAAUGAAAUACCAAAUUAUAUUUCAUAUGAGCAAUCAAAUAUUUAUAUAGAGUGUUAUUAAUGUAAAUUGAUUUCAGUUUAUAUUUAAAGAGGAUAUGGACUUCCUGAAAUCACAAUAUUACAUUCAUAAAAUCUAAAUAUUAAGAAUUUGUAUCUUUCUCAAUCAUCUAAUUAUUAUUCUAAAACUUUACAUUAAUCUUUUGAGUGUGUUAAUAAUUAUGCUUAUUCUCAGAUGUUUCAUUUUCUGUAUAUUGGAUUUUACUAAAAUAUUACAAUAAAGAAUUUAUAACUUAGCAAUAGUAUUACAUAUAACAAUCCUUUUAUUAUCAUUAAAGGAUAUGACUUAAUGGAAAAAAUAUAAAAUGAAUAAAUUGAUAUAAUAGAUUCUAUUUUUGAUUCUAAUAUGCUUAUUAUCACAAAGGCCAACCGAGCUACUUCUAUAAUAUCAAUUCUAUCAGAAUAAUCAUCAUUUGUCACAUUUAGCAAUAUAAAAUUCUAUUAUAAUCAUCUUAAUCAAUAUUUUCAAGAUUUAUCAAGAUAAUCAACUUCAACAUUACUUAUUCAAUUACAAUAAGGUAACUUUUAUCUUGAAAAUUCUUAUUUUAAACAAAAUUUGGUUACUAAUUCCACUGAUUCUAUUUUGUAUCUAAAAGCUAUAACCAUAGGAAUAACAAAUACGAAAUUUCAAAAAAAUAACAUCCUUUAACUCUCUAUAAUUGGCUAUAAUAUCUUGUUAUCUGAUGAUAAUAAUGAUAUUGAUGGUUAAAGUUUAAUUAAUGUUUUACCAAUUAGUUCUAAAAGUGGAAAUGGAUUAUUAAUUGCAACAUAUCUUAAUUUAGAUAGAGUGAGAAUAGAUUAAUCUUUUUCUAAUUAUGGAGGAGGAUUUUAUAUUAAUACAUAAGGUAUAAGCAGUAUUAUAAUAAAAAAUUCGAAAUUUUUAAAUACAUAAACUUCAAUGAUUAGUUCUUCUUUUUCAACUGGAGGUUGUAUUUAUAUAGAUGCACAAUUAUCAAAAUUAACAUUAAUUAUAUAAUCAACUACUUUUGACUCCUCUUUUAGUAGAUUAGAAGGAGGAGGCAUAUAUAUUAUUCCAUCUUAAUAGGAGAAUAAUAUUGAAAUGUCUAAUUUAAAUGUAAUAGAUUGUUAUUCCAUAAAAAGUUCAUUUCUAUCAUUUUAAUCAUCAAGUUUGGACAAUAUAAAAUCAUAAAUUUAUAUUAGUGGCAUAAUAUUUGAGAAUACUUAAAAAGGAUUUAAUACUUUUAUAUCACUUUUAUAAUCUCCAAGUAUUUCAGAUCUUGAUUCUAUUCGUAAUAGUAAUGCUUUGAUAUCAAUUAAAUAUGCAAGUGUAAAUGUAAACAAUUGUAGUUUUUCAUCUACCUAAUUCUCAUAUUUCUUGAACAUAGAAUCUGCCAUCAAUAUUUAUUUACAGAAUAUUGAGAUAAUUAAUUCUACAAUUUUAUAUUCACCACUCCUCAAAUUAAGUUUAAGAUAAUGUAAAUAUUAUAUUAUUUAAAUUUAGACUAUUAUGGUAUUCUUAUGAUUAAAAAUCUUACAAUUUAAAAUGUUAUUUAGAAACUAUAGAUUGUAGAUAUUCCUUGUUUAGUAACAAGUUUCAUAAUUAAGGAACCUCUAACUUGUCCAUUAAUAUUCCCAUCUUAAAGUAAAAAUUUAUCUGAUUAUGAUACAUCAUAAAAUUAGUAAUUAUAAAUGGAAUGUAAUAAGUACCUUAUUUAUUAAAAUGUCACUUAUAAAUUCAGUCUUAUAGAAAUAGAUGAUCUUAAGGUAAGUCAUCAUUUCUAAGCAGAAAACUUAUAAUUUGAUUCUAUUCAAUGUUCUGAUUGCUAAUAUGGACUUAUUACAAUUGAAGAGAUAGAAAAGUCAGAAGUUUAAAAUAUCUUAUUUUCAAAUGUAAUUAUAAGAGAUAGUAAUUGCGGUUAAACAGGAUGUAUAUCAUUACUUCAAUAUGAAAGUAAUGCAAUAUUAAGAAGUGAUUUAUUAUCAUCUCCUACUAAUUAAAGAGUACUUUAAUAACACGAUUACUAUAAUUUAACUUACAAUUUAAAUUACUAAGCAAAAAUAAUUAAUUCUAGAUUUAUUAAUAAUAAUGCUAUUUAUGGAGGAUCAAUCUUUAUAGUUGAAAUAACAUCUAUAUUGCAUGCCUGUUAUUUUAGAAAUAAUACAGCUAGUAUAGGAGGUGCUAUUUAUUAUUUUUCAAAGUAGGCCCAAUUAUAUAUUUUUGAUUCUUAAAUACUUGAGAAUAAAGCUAAAAUUGCUGGGGGAUUAUACUUAAAUUCUUAAUCAUUACAAACUACAACUUAACUUGAUGUUUAUUUAUCAAAUAAUAAUUCAACACUUUUUGGUUCUGAUGUUUUAGAAAAUCCUAGAUCUUUAACAAUGUCUGUAGAUGGAGGAAAAACAUUUCUAACAAAAAAACUGAUAUCCAAAACUUCAACAUCUUUAGUUGAAUAAAUUGUCAUUACACCUUAUAAGAUUUUAGGCUAUUCUUAAAAAGUUAAUUUUAUUAUGUUUCCAUCUGGAAGAGCCAUAGGAUCAUAUAAAUAUUUUGAUCAAUACACAUCUCAGUAUAUUCCCUACAAUCUUACAUUUAGAAUCAUAGCCCUUAACAAAUAUAACACUUAAGAAAAGAAAUUAGAAGGAUCUUCUUGCACUAUUACUCCAACCAUUAUGAAUUAUACUAGUCAAGAAAUCCUCUCAGGAUUAGUUGGAAGUUUAUCAUAUACAACUGUAAAAUUUAACCAAACUUCUGGUGACUUUAAUUUAGAUGAUCUAAUUAUCUAUUUUAAUCCUACUUAUGAGGCAGAAGUUAUUAUGUAAUUAUCAAUAUUCUGUAAUAUCAUCUCAAUACCUUAAUAUGAAUCUAUUCCUCCUUAUUCUAUUAAUAAUACAAUUACAAAUUAUAAAUUAUUAAUUGAUAUAAAAACAUUAAAAUGUUAAUUAGGUGAAUAUUAAAAUGAAACAACAGGUGGUUGUAUAUUAUGUGAUACAAUAUAAAAUUAAUAUUAAGUAAAAUGGAGUGCAUAAAAUUGUAAUUAUAAAGAUGAUUAAACUAUGAAAUCUAUAGAAUCUUCUAUGAUUGAAUUAAGAUCUGGUUAUUGGAGAGCAUAUUAUUAUUCUUAAACAAUAGAAUAUUGUUAUCAUUUAAUAUAAAAUUGUUAAGGAGGAUGGAAACCAGGUGAUUAAUCAUGUAUAUUAGGACAUAUAGGUGCAUUAUGUGAAUAAUGUGAUUUAUAUAAUAUAAUUGGUUAAGGUUCAUAUUCAGUAAGUUCUAAAUAUUCAUGUGGAAAUUGUGAUUAAAUAAUAGGCAAUGUGUUAACAAUCUUUUUUAUAAGUGUCUGGACUCUUAUCUCUAUAUUGAUGUCAGUUAGCAGUACUGUUGAAAUGAUUGAAGAAUUUAUAGCAGGAUUAAGAUUAAAAGCCUUUGGGUUUACUG